AUGUCUGAACAACCUCGAGGUAGGGGGAAAGCCCGCGGGCGCGCCGGGCGAGGGUCGCAGGAGGGCGGGCAGGCGCCGCGGCGGCCGGGCGAGCCGGCGCAGGCCGGGCCGGCCGGGGCCGCCGGGGCCGCCGCCGCCGGGCCGAGGCCGCAGCCGCCGUCGGCCUGGGGCCCGCCGUCCGUGGCGCCGCCCGUGCGCGCCGGCGUGCCCGCCGUCGCCGCGUCGGCCGGCCGCGCCUCGCACAGGACCACGCCGUCCACCCACGCGCAUCCGGGCGAUGUUGACAUUCAACAACGAAUGCAGACGUUGGACAUAGGCCAGGGUGGCCCGGGAAACUCGGGUGAGCCCGGCGGAGCGGUGAGCGGUCGCGGCUCGCGCCGUGGUGGUGGCAGGGUGCUCCCAGAGAAUGUCAUGAUUCUCCGCACCCGCCCUGAUCAGUUGCAAUCGAAAAAAGGGUCUUUCGGCGACCCACUGGAGUUAAUGGCGAAUUAUUUCACCGUCCAUUCCACGCCCCAGUGGCGCCUGUACCAGUACCACGUGGACGUGGACCCCGAGGAGGACAACACUGGCACCCGCAAGGGGCUGCUGCGUGUCCACGCCAACACUCUAGGAGGGUACAUCUUUGACGGCUGCGUCUUGUACACCGUCAAGAAGCUGCACCCCAACCCGAUGGAGUUGUACUCCGACCGGAAGACGGAUGGUCAGCGUAUGAGACUAUUGAUCAAGCUAACCCAAGAUGUCGCACCGGGUGACUACCAUUAUCUCCAGAUAUUCAAUCUGAUUAUAAGAAAGUGUUUCUACAAGCUGAACUUGCAGUUGAUGGGCAGGGACUUUUUCGACCCUGAUGCUAAGGUUGACAUCCCAGAAUACAAGCUCCAAAUUUGGCCUGGCUACAAGACUACCAUAAAUCAAUAUGAGGACCGCCUCCUUAUGGUGACCGAGAUCACCCAUAAAGUGCUCCGUAUGGACACGGUUUUGCAAAUGCUGCAAGAAUAUGCUCAAACCAAGGGCGCCAACUUCAAGAAAAUAUUCGUGGAAGACGUGGCGGGCAAAAUCGUGAUGACCGACUACAACAAGCGAACCUACCGUGUAGACGACGUGGCCUGGAAUGAGUCACCGUCUUCCACAUUCAAAAUGAAGGAACAGACCAUAUCCUACAUGGACUACUACAAAACUAAAUACAACAUCCGCAUCAACGACGCUCGGCAGCCGCUGCUGAUCUCCCGCUCCAAGCCGCGCGAGAUCCGCGCCGGCAUGCCCGAGCUCGUGUACCUCGUGCCGGAGCUGUGCCGCCAGACCGGCCUCUCCGACGAGAUGCGCGCCAACUUCCAGCUCAUGAAAGCCAUGGCCGUCCACACCAAGAUCGGGCCCGAUACCAGGAUACAGAAGCUGCUGGCCUUCAACAGGCGCUUUACGCAGAACAAGGAGGUGGUUGCGGAACUGGGGACAUGGGACCUGAAAUUAGCCAAUGAACUGAUCAAGUUCAAAGGCCGUCUACUGCCGCCGGAGAACAUCACGCAGGGCGACGGACGGAAAUACGCCGCCGGCCUCACCACUGAAGGCUGGACUAGAGACAUGAGGUCUCGGCCUCUGCUCUCUUUCGGGCCGUGCCCCUCGUGGGUGGUGAUCACGCCGGAGCGCCAGCGCCGCGACGCCGAGGCCUUCGUGGGGCUCAUUAUGAAGACUGGCAGCGGGGCCGGCUUCAGAAUGCCGCAACCGGAAGUCGUGUCCAUUCAACGUGACGGGUCGAUGGAGUACGCCAACAUGUGCGAGAAUGUAAUCGCCAAGAAAAAUCCGGCCCUCAUUCUGUGCGUCUUGGCAAGACAGAUGGCGGACAGGUACGAAGCGAUCAAGAAGAAGUGCACGGUGGACCGCGCCGUGCCCACGCAGGUGGUGUGCGCCCGCAACAUGACAUGCAAGUCCGCCAUGUCCAUCGCCACCAAGGUGGCCAUACAGAUCAACUGCAAGCUGGGCGGCGCGCCGUGGACGGUGGACAUCCCGCUGCCGAGCCUCAUGGUGAUCGGGUACGACGUGUGCCACGACACGCGCAGCAAGGAGAAGAGCUUCGGCGCCUUCGUGGCCUCCAUGGACCGCCAGCAGACGCGCUACAUCUCCUCCGUCAACGCGCACACCUCCGGCGAGGAGCUCUCCUCGCACAUGGGCUUCAACAUCACCGUCGCGCUCAAGAAGUACCGCGAGAUCAACCAAAAGCUGCCGUCGCAUAUCAUCAUUUACCGUGACGGGGUGGGCGACGGACAAAUCCCGUAUGUGCAUAGCCACGAGGUGGGUGAGAUCAAGAAGAAGCUGAACGAGGUGUACGCGGAGGCGCCGUACAAGCUGUGCUUCAUCAUCGUGUCGAAGCGCAUCAACACGCGCAUCUUCGUGGCGCGCGGCCGCGGCGAGAACCCGCAGCCCGGCACCGUCAUCGACGACGUCGUCACGCUGCCCGAGAGAUACGACUUCUUCCUCGUGUCCCAAAACGUGCGUGAGGGAACCAUCGCACCGACGUCUUACAACGUCAUCGAGGACUCGACUGGCCUGACCCCUGAUCAUAUCCAGCGGCUGACGUACAAGCUGACGCACAUGUACUUCAACAACUCGUCGUGCGUGCGCGUGCCGUCCGUGUGCCAGUACGCGCACAAGCUCGCCUUCCUCGCCGCCAACUCGCUGCACAACCAGCCGCACUACUCGCUCAACGAGACCCUCUACUUCCUGUAACCUACUUAUAUAGACUACUUAUAUUAUAUCCGGCCAACAAGGUUCAUCUCCUUACUUCGUACAAACAAUUGUGAUGGGACGAAUACCAUUACGAUAUCAUAUACGGGCUCAAGUUAAAGGAUCAAAAAAUAAAUCUAUGCCAUACAUAUUAUAAUAGUUCUACUUUAAGGUUGUUUUGAGACUUAUGUUUGUUGAUUAUUCGUAUGUUUAAUUGUAGAGCCUUCUGACGUCUUGUAUUUUGAAUCUAUUAAAACAAGAGUUGUCUGGGGGUUUAUGCUUCUUGGUCACAUUAUCUGUGGACCUCACUGGUAUGAUUGUGACGUCAUGGGCCAUUUGAAUGCGAAAAUGUGUAUGGUAUUCAAAUCGGUAAAGAAACUAGUCAGAUGUUGACCACCGCUAGUUUGUUCUUCGCUUUUUUAUUGUUAUUACAUUAGGCCUAAAACUUAGUAGACAUAAGAUACGAGUACAAGCCUGUAAACUACUACAUAUUGUAAACUUUUGAAUGCCAUCUUGCAAACUACCUCUUUAUGUAUGGUACUGAGGCAUUCAAAGGGUUAUGAAUAUUUGAUGUGAUAUUAUAUCUGAAGUCAACAAUUUGGUUGACCAAGCAUACAUUUUUAAACCACUGGGUUAAACGUCCAGUCUUCCUUACUUAACCCCCUUGACGCUAACGCCAGUGCCGCUUGCUUGCCUGAUAAAAAAUAUAGAAGCAGUGCGAGCGAAUAACGCGUUAAGUAUGUAAUGUUACGUCAAAGAAACGCCACCAAAUUAAAUAAACUUUCAGAAUGACAUUUUGAGUUUUUAAGUAUUUUGACUAGUUACCGUCUUUGACGUGAUAA